CGUGGCUUGUGGUCUAGUAGUUUUCAGAUGGCUAUGUUUGGAGAACUUCGGUGUGCAAUUUUAACGAUGCACCUGUGUUAGCCAAGUGAUAACAGAACAGGUAAAUCAGGAAGUAAACACGCGCGUCAGGUUCUCAGACCAAACACGUACUUUAUGAAGAUGAAAUCUAAAAGAAGUAGUCUUUUUAGCUCUCCAGACUGACAUGAACAUCCUGCUGCAUCCUGCUGUUGUUUUCAUAUUGACAGGUCUGGCUUUGGUCGUCGUGUGUUUGGACCCUGUUCCCAUUCAGUUUGUGAAAAACCCAGUGCUGGUGGCGUCGGGAAACAAUGCGAUCUUCACGAUACAGACGGCUUCUGAUGCGUCCCUUAUCAGAUGGAUUACUCCAGGAAACAUCACACUGGCCAUGUGGACGAACGGAUUGCCGGUUUUACUACAAGUACCCGGAUACCAGGGCAGAAUCUCUGUUACCGCCACUCAGCUUACAAUCACCAACAGCCAGCUUAGUGAUUCUGGCACUUAUAGUGUCUCAGUCGAACCUUCUGCAUCCAGUGGACUCGGGGUUAACACACAAUCGAUACAGCUCAAAGUGUUGGAUGCUGUGAAUGGAGUGACUUUGUCUCUACCCGGGGUGCCUCAGGAAGGCAAAAACAUGUCAUUGCUUUGCAAAUGGUCAGCGGGCACUGAUGUCAAUGUGCUUUGGGGUAAAGGAGGUGGUGCACUGUCCUCUGACACCCGCAUUACAAUCAAUGGUGGAUCUCUGGUCAUCAGUCCGGCCAGUAGAGAUGAUUCAGGACAAUAUACAUGCACGGUCAACAACUCUGUCAGUGCUCGAACUGCCAGCUCCAGCCUCAGCGUUUACUAUGGUCCAGAUGCCCCACAGUUGAAUAAGACCUCAUCUGCGUGCGUUGGUGGAGGAGACGCAACAGUCGGCCAAACCGUCCAUCUCACCUGCACAUCCGCAUCUCUACCUCCAGCUUCAUUCUCGUGGGAACUUAACGGCCAACCGGUGACCGCGGGCCAGUCGGGCACUGGCGUGCUGGAUCUGCAGAUCUACUCGACCAGUCAGGGUGGCCGUUACACCUGCACAGCACGAAAUGACAUCACAGGGGCGACAUCUGCGCAGCAGAUUGAUGUGCUCAUUGUAGGCACUUGUCUCAGUGGAGGAGCUGUGGCAGGUAUCGUUAUUGCCUGUUUUGUUGCGCUCCUCAUAAUUAUCAUUGUCAUUAUUGUGCUUUUGCGACAAAGAAAAGUUGAUCAAAGAGUCAAGGAAGCUUUUGAACUUCAGAAAGCAAACCAGAAUAACGGCCACAUGGUUUCUGUUCCUCCACUGCACAACAACAAUAAUCCUCCUGUCAAUGGAAACCUAAACAACUCGAGCUCACAGAACCAGCAGAUCUUUACCAGUCUUCCCAAUAACAGCAAUGGGAACAUUCAUGCAACGGCACAAAACGGCCUUGGCAACACCAACCCACUCCGUCACAAUGGACAUCUGAGCACUGAUGCUUUCCAGCACAACCUAAGUGCACUUUCAAACAAUGGCUAUCCAUAUCCAAACAACUCCAGGUCGAACCCACAGCCUGCCCAACAGAAUCCUAACAUUUUGAUUCAAACGGGUAAUUCUCAACCUGGUGCGCCUGUCCCUACAGUUCAUGUAAACCUCAACACGUUGCCAAAUACUGACCAGCACAUAAGCGCACAGCCUCACACAGUCAAUGUCAAUCUCAACACGUACCCUCAAGAAGCAAGCCACCCAAGUCACCAACACGCUGACCAGAGGGAAAGCACGACACAGAGACAAAACACUAACCCCGAUCAUCUGAAUCCAUCUCAGGGUGGCUCUCCACGAUCGGAUAAUACAGCACAGACCGGGGUUGACGAUGCUUUGAAUAGAUCUCAUCAACCCAGUGGACUCAUUCAGACCAGUUACUCGCAUCCUAGUAACCGAACAGAUACCAGACGUCGCCCUGACAACUCGCAGUCAUCGAAAGAAGAGCCUCCCCGACGUUCCAACCCAACUCAGAUGCCGUGGGACCUUUGGCGGGGGACACCAGCUUACCCCAACCCCCAAAAUGACAACUCCGACAGCGGUGGAUCCUCAGAACGGCGGCCUAGAUCUCCACGAGACGCACGGGGUGCUCGUUCCGGUCAGAGGCACAGAGUUGCAGAACCUCCCAACCCCCAAGUUGACAGCUCGGACAGCGGUGGAUCCUUAGAGCGGCGGCCUAGAUCCCCACGAGACGCACGGGGUGCUCGUUCCGGUCAGAGGCACAGAGUUGCCGAACCUCCAAGUGGGGUGACCCAGACAGCUCCUGCGACCCGAGGAAGAGACCCCCAGAGAUCGGUCGCACCUAACCACUCUCAAAUCGGCCCCGAUGUGCAGAACAUUAUACAGUCUCAAAACCAGACCGCCCCUAGACAAGCAGUAACUCAGGCCCGACUCCCUCAGAGUCAGAACUUUCCUCAGAAUCUACCUCAAGAAGCAACCAUACUUUAUCACACCGAGACACACGAUCGUCCUCGGACACAAGCGACCCAUCCACAAGCACAAACGGGUGCCAGAGCAAAUCACACGCAGACCAUGCCACAGCCGUCUAGCCCUCUAACUCAGGAAGCCCUUCGCCAGCACACCAUCCAGACGGAGAACCCCUUCAUCAACCAAAACCAGCAGACUCAAGCCGUCCUGCAGACGGAGAACCCCUUCAUCAACCAAAACCAGCAGACUCAAGCCGUCCUGCAGAACCCCGGUGCUCCAUCUAAACCUUCUCAACCCACACAGAAGCUCAACAAAGCAGGUAAGAAGCCACCCACUCCACCUCCGGUGCUGCAGCCAGCCGAGUUCCAGGCGCUGCCACGGGAACGCGUGCACCAGACGCGCAACCUCCAGCCUGUGCAUGUGGUCCGGCAACCCGUUCACAUGCCACAACCACACAGAUCUCCAAACAUGCACAGGCAGACUCGAGUAUGGCAUACAAGCCCUCAGCGAAUGCCAGGCAUGCCCCCAGGCAUGCACCCAGGCAUGCACCCAGGCAUGCACCCAGCCAUGCACCCAGGCAUGCACCCAGGCAUGCACCCAGCCAUGCAUGGACAGCCUGCACAUGUGCGGCAGGUCCACAGAGGAAAACCCAGGCACUGAGAAAACACAAACCGCUUGCAUUGAGAAAAAAAAACUCUUCUUACAAAGCACAUUCUGUUUCUGUUUGGAUGAAGCACAAGAUAUUUUUUUUCUAAAAGCGCAUUAUUAAUAAUAGGACUGAUCUCUCGUUCUCGCUGGCACUGCUGUGUGGCUGUUAAACAGGCCAUCGUGUGCAUAUCAGGACAGUACUGAUGGAAAUUGAUUCAGGACUUGAGCUGAACUACUAAAUGAUAAAUAAUGGACUGACACUCUUGUGUUUAUUCAGUCCUCUGCUCACAGAUCCUUCAUGUCAUUGCUCAGUUAGCGCGUUUCGCUACGGUGCGUUCGUGGAUGGAUUGUGCAUCUGUGUAUGAAGGAGACUCGACUCAUGGACUCAUAUUAAUUUAUCUCUUUUAUUUAGCAUGUUAAUGAUGUGAAAAAUGCUAAUAACUUUAGCAUAAACAGGCCUGGUUUAUUAUAUGUCACCCUGACUGUAUAAACCCAAAUAAAGUCAUUUAUUUUGUGAUUUACUAUUUUCUACAUAAACUUAUCCUACAUAAUGUAAAGAACAUUCUUAAGAUACAAUCUUGAUAUAUUUUAAUACUGACUGAGUCAAGAUUGAAAUCAAUGUGAAAUAAAUGAAUAAAAUGAAACAUUGGUGCUCCUUAUCUCAUCACUUCAGUCUGGAUUUCACAGACAGGGUCACAC